AGCGGAAGAGAAAAACCUGUAAGCAAAGCUCAGGACCAAAAACUCCAGGGAAUGCUGCUCGCCGACUUUUCUGGACAGGUUACCCACUGGGAGAUCCACCACUGUCUCAGUCCCAUUUCUACCUAAGAUAGAGCUGGCUCCUGUUCCUGGAAAGGCGUUUGUGGGAGUAAAGAUGGAGGCCGGAGGGGAGCGCUUUCCUAAACAAAGGCAAGUCCUGAUUCUCUUUCUCUUGCUGGGAGUGGCUCUGGCAGGCUGGGAAUCCCGUCGUUAUUCCGUGAUGGAGGAAACUGAGAGCGGCUCCUUUGUGGCCAAUCUAGCUAAGGACCUGGGGCUGGGAACGGGGGAGCUAGCUGCGCGAGAAGCCCGGGUGGUGUCCGAGGACAACGAACCCUGGUUGCAGCUUGAUCUACAGACUGGGGAGUUGAUAUUAAGUGAGAAACUGGACCGGGAGGAGAUGUGCGGCCCCACAGAUCCAUGUGUAAUGCAUUUCCAAGUGUUACUGAAAAAACCACUGGGAGUAUUUCGAGCUGAGCUACUGGUGAGAGACAUAAACGAUCAUUCUCCUGAGUUUCCUGAAAGAGAAAUGACACUGAAAAUCCUAGAGACUAGCCCUCCUGGGACCGUGUUUCCUCUGAAAACAGCCCAGGAUUUGGACGUGGGCAACAACAACAUCCAAAACUACAAUAUCAGUCACAACUCUUACUUCCAUGUUUCCACCCGCAACUGGGGGGACGGCAGGAAAUACCCAGAGCUGGUGCUGGACAAAGAGCUGGAUCGCGAAGAGCAGGCCGAGCUCAGAUUAACCCUCACAGCGCUGGAUGGCGGCUCUCCGCCCAGGUCUGGCACCGCCCAGGUCCGAAUCUUGGUCUUGGACGUUAAUGACAACGCCCCUGAGUUUGCACAGACACACUACCAGGUGCAGGUCCCAGAGAACAGCCCUGUAGGCACCCUAGUUGUGAAGGUCUUAGCUAGGGAUUUGGACACUGGAACAAACGGAGAGAUAUCAUAUUCCCUUUUUUAUAGUUCUCAAGAGAUAAGCACAACUUUUGAGGUAAGCAGCAUUUCAGGAGAAGUUCGACUAAUUAAAAAACUAGAUUUUGAGACAGUAUCCUCAUAUGAGCUGUAUAUAGAUGCGUCUGAUGGUGGGGGACUUUCUGGAAAAUGCUCUGUCUCCAUUGAGGUGAUGGAUGUUAACGAUAACUCCCCAGAACUAACUAUUUCAUCACUUACCAGCCCCAUUCCUGAAAAUUCCCCCGAGACAGAAGUGGCCCUGUUUAGGAUUCGAGACCGAGACUCAGGAGACAACGGAAGGAUGACUUGCUCCAUCCAGGAUGAUCUCCCCUUCCUCCUGAAACCAUCUGCAGAGAAUUUCUACACCCUAGUAACAAAUGGGGCGCUGGACAGAGAGAGUAAAGCCCAAUAUAAUAUCACCAUCACCGUCACAGAUAUGGGCACACCGAGACUGAAAACCGAGCACAACAUAACCGUGCUGGUGUCCGACGUCAACGACAACGCCCCCGCCUUCACCCAGACCUCCUACACCCUGUCCGUCCGCGAGAACAACAGCCCCGCCCUGCACAUCGGCAGCGUCCGCGCCACAGACAGAGACGCGGGCGCCAACGCCCAGGUCACCUACUCGCUGCUGCCGCCCCUCGACCCGCACGUGCCCCUGGCCUCCCUGGUGUCCAUCAACCCGGACAACGGCCACCUGUUCGCCCUGAGGUCCCUGGACUACGAGGCCCUGCGGGCGUUCGAGUUCCGCGUGGGCGCCGCCGACCGCGGCUCCCCCGCGCUCAGCAGCCAGGCGCUGGUGCGCGUGCUCGUGGCGGACGACAACGACAACGCGCCCUUCGUGCUGUACCCGCUGCAGAACGCCUCGGCGCCCUGCACCGAGCUGGUGCCCAGGGCGGCCGAGGCGGGCUACCUGGUGACCAAGGUGGUGGCGGUGGACGGCGACUCGGGCCAGAACGCCUGGCUGUCGUACCAGCUGCUCAAGGCCACGGAGCCCGGGCUGUUCGGCGUGUGGGCGCACAACGGCGAGGUGCGCACGGCCCGGCUGCUGGGCGAGCGCGACGCGGCCAAGCACAGGCUGAUGGUGCUGGUCAAGGACAACGGCGAGCCGCCGCUGUCGGCCAGCGUCACGCUGCACGUGCUGCUGGUGGACGGCUUCUCGCAGCCCUACCUGCCGGCCCCGGAAGCGGAAGCGGCGGAUGCGGCCCCGGCCGCCGCGCUCACCGUCUACCUGGUGGUCGCCUUGGCGUCGGUGUCUUCGCUCUUCCUCUUCUCGGUGCUGGUGUUCGUCGCGGUGCGGCUGUGCAGGAGGGGCGGGGCGGCCUCGGUGGGUCGCUGCCCGGUGCCCGAGGGCCCCUUUCCGGGCCACCUGCUGGACGUCAGCGGCACGGGGACCCUGUCCCAGAGCUACCAGUACGAGAACCCUGACUGAUACAGAUUUUGGCACCUGGAAGUGGAGUGCUGCUGUAACAAAUAACUGAAAAUAUGGAAAUUGCUUUGGAAUUGAGCAGCAGGCAUAGGCUGGAAGAAUUUUGAAGUGCAUGAUGGAAAAAACCUAGAUUGCUUUCGACAGACUGUUAGUUGAAAUACAGAUGUUAAUAACUCUGCUAGCGAAGACUCAGAGGGAAGUAAGGAGUAUGGUGGAGAAAACAUAUAUUGCCUUAUAGAUUACCUAAAUCAAAACCUUAGGAGACUUGGUAGUAAUAUGGUAGUAAUAUGGAUGUUCCCUGGUGGCACAGUGGUUAAGACUCUGCCUGCCAAUGCAGGGGACAGGGGUUCGAGCCCUGGUCCAGAAAGAUCCCACAUGCCGCGGAGCAACUAAGCCCAUGUGCCACAACUACUGAGCCUGUGCUCUAGAGCCCGCGAGCCACAACUACUGAAGCCUGCGGGCCUGGAGCCUGUGCUCUGCAACAAGAGAAGCCACCGCAGCGAGAAGCCCAUGCACUCUGUGCACCGCAAUUAAGAGUAGUCCCUGCUCGCUGUAACUAGAGAAAGCCUGCGCACAGCAACAAAGACCCAACACAGCCAAAAAUAAAUAAAUAAAUUUUUUAAAAGUUUAAAGUCACUGCUGAUGAGGGCUCAGAAAGAAAUGAGGAAAAUGUUAUUGGAAACUGGAGGAAAUGGAAUCCUUGCUACAUAGUGGCUGAAAACUUAGCUGAAUUGUGUCCUGCAGUGGAAAUGUGGGAGGAAAGGACUGGUAAGCAAUGAACUUGGAUAUUUAGCUGAGGAGAUCUGGGCUGAGGAGGCAUGGGUUGAAAGUGCAGCGUGGUUUCCUCUUGCUGCUUAUAGUAAAAUGUGAGAAGAAUGAAAUAGAUUGAGGGAAGGACUGUUAAGCAAAAAGGAACCAGAAUAUGAUGAUUUGAGAAAUUCUCAGCCUAUUCAGAUUGUAAAAGAUGCUAAAAUUAGGAAAGUGUGCUCUGGAGAGAAAGCCAAGGAUGUCACAGCUGUACACUAUUUGUACUAGGCAUACACAUUGAUAUGAUACUAUAAUGAGAUGUGAUCUUUGAGGACCUUAAAUAUAUUUUUUUAUGUGGGAUGGAUGUGAAUCUUUGGGGACCAGAGGGUGGACUGUGGUAGGGAGAAUAAUGGCCCCACAAAGUAUCUAUGUCCUAAUGUCUGGAACCUGUGAAUAUCUUAUGUUAUGUGGCAAAGGGGAAUUAAAGUUGCAGAUGGAAUUAAGGUUGAUAAUCAGCUAACCUUAUAAGGAGAUUACCCUAGAUUAUCCAGAUGGGUCCAGUGUAGUCACAAGAGCCUUUAAUAAGAAGUGGAAGUGGGAAACAGAAAAGUUAGUAUCAGAGUGAUGUUCUGUGAAAAAGACUGAACCAGCCAUUACUGAGUUUGAAGAUAGAAGGGAGCCACAAAUGAGGGAAUGCAGAUAGCCUCUAGAAGCUAGAAAAGGCAAGAAAAUGUAUUCUCCCUUAAAGCCUCCAGAAAGGAAUAUAGUUCUACCUUAACUUUAGCCCAGUUUAACUUCUGACCUCCAGAACGGUAAGAUAAUUUUGUGUUGUUAAGCCACUAAGUUUAUGGUAAUUUGUUACAGCAGCUAUAGGACAUGAAUACAAAUGGCUACCAACAAAGCCAUUUUCAAGCCCAUUUUUCUUUUCCUUCCCCUACUCUAGGCCAAAAUAUUCAUAUUCCCAUAAUCUCUUGCAGGUAGGAGUGUCAUAUAACUCUGUUAUUGCUACUGAUGUAAAAGUAUAAUUGGGAAUUGGGCUUAAGGGAAAUAUUUUGAAAGGGCUAAUCUGAGGUGGCAUGUUCCUUAGGACUUUGCCCAUUUUCCUUUUUCUUAACUGGCAUGGGUACUGAUGAGUAAGCCUUGAGUUGAAGCAACCAACUUGCAACCAUGAGAUGAAUACCAUAGAACAAAGGUUAUAUACUAAGUAUGAUAAGAUGGAAAGCCCCUGAAUUUCUUACAGCAUUGUCAAGCUGCUGCAACACCUCUAUGCUACCUUCUCCCAGGCUUUAUGUUGCACUUUAUAAAUAAACCCCUAUGUGAUUAAACAACUGUAGUCAGGUUUUCUGUUGAUUACAGACAGAUGCAUUCCAGGCUGACCCAUCUCUCCUCCUCGUGAGUAAGGUUGAUUUACACAGUUGUCUGACUAGGUCCUAUGUUGUCUGUUUAAGAUGUAUGAGAUGCUUGUCAGAAAAAUAGUUUUACCUUCCCUUAGGUGUUAUCAAGGGACAGUACUCUGAGUUACUAUGGCUGCCUUUAUAUCUUUAUUCAGUCAUUUCUCAAUUUGACUAAUAUAAACAUAUGCAGAUAAUUGAACUUUCAAAGGAAUCUUCCUAGUUGGUAGCAACCCAAAAAGUUGAGUUUUGGAAAAUAGAAUGAGAAAGUGACCUGAUAAGUGCCAGCUAUACUAUUAACCUGCAUCAGUGGUGUCCUUACAAGACGACUGGAAGUUUAGAACACUUGUUUCCCUCUCUGGCAGGGAAGUGGCACAGCCCCAAAUUUUACUUAGUAAAAUAAAUUGACUAAAUAUGAGUCCUGAAAAUAUUCAUAAGCAGAUCAGCAGUCUACAUGUUUUGGUAGAAUAUGCCUGAUGGAAGGAUUAGAAAUUCCUAACAACAUUUUCAGUACACAGAGAUGUGCGUUUUGAGGCCUCAGUGUGUCAGGAGCCAUUACUCCUUUCCUGUCUUACUUUACAAAUAUUGGUAAAGUGUAGAAUUUAAAGGCAUCUCCAAAGUCUUCCUACUUAUGUCUUUCUUGGACUGAUCUGGAAUACCUUGAAAAGAGCAUUCCUUCCAGUUUAUCAGCAUAAUCAUGAAAAAUCAAUAAAAAUCUAUCAUGAUACAUGAUAGAAUUGCAUCAAGAAGUUUUAGAACUCCUUAGCUUCACCCAGAGUGUUUGUGUAUUUGUGUAUGUUUGUAUAUGUGUACAUUUGAGUGUGUGUGUAUGUGUGUGUCUAGGGGAGUAGCUUUAGCAGAUGGUAGAGGUGCAUCUCUGGUAUAUAUGCAGAGAUAUAUACCAGAGUAACAAUGCUUUUCCAUAGCUUUUCCACACUGUAAAGAUAUUUUUCCCUUUAGUGCAUAAAUGUAUGUCAUAAAAUUGCCAUUACUGGGACUUCCCUGGUGGCGCAGUGGUUAAGAAUCCAUCUGCCAAUGCAGGGGACACGGGUUCGAUCCCUCGUCCGGGAAGAUCCCACAUGCCACAGAGCAACUAAGCCCAUGUACCACAACUACUGAGCCUGCGCUCCAGGGCUCGCGUGCUGCAACUACUGAGCUUGUGCUCUAGGGUCCAUAUGCUGCAACUACUGAAGCUCGCAUGCCUGGAGCCCAUGCUCCACAACAAGAGAGAAGCCACUGCGAUCAGAAGCCCACACACUGCAACGAAGAGUAGCCCCCACUCGCCACAACUAGAGAAAGCCCGCGCACAGCAAUGAAGACCCAGCGCAGCCAAAAAAAUAAUAAAAUUUAAAAAUAAAAAUUUGCAUGGAAAAAGGAAAUGUGAUUUUAAAAAUUAAAAAAUAAAAUUGCCAUUACUAACAUAUCCUAAAAUAGAUUAUAUUUGCAAACUGAAGGAUGUUUCUCUUUGUAAAUUUAACAAUGCCAGCAUUAUUGGAUCUAGAAGCUUAGUAGCCCUCUUGGCCUUGAAGGAGCAGCCCAGGGGAGGGAAGUGUAGACCAGACUUGGUCCUUUUUUCCCCAGUGGGCUCAGGAAACAAUAAAGUUGAUGUCAGGAUGUGUCAGGACUGGAAUUAGGGUGAGGCCAAGUUGUGCAAGUGUAGGGUUGGAUCCUGUCUUUAUUUAAAAUAUUAAUAUUUUGUUCAUCAUUAAUUAUUUCAUUAAGUUUGACUUUUUAGAAUAUUGCAUUAAGUAGUAUCUAUCUUUACUACUAAGUUUUUGGGUGACCCAUUAAUUUUGCUUCUGAGACACUUACCUUAACCUAGUCCUGGUCCUUUUUGUAGUUUCCAUCUUUCCAGUUCAAAUGGCCAUCAUAGCAGUAGUUUUGGUAGUCACAGCUGAAAUCUGAGUGGUGAGAGCUGAAUCAAGUCCAUCUCCAUUCUGAAUAUGAGCUAGCAGCAGCAACAGUAGAAGAAUACAAAGAUCCAAGGAGAUCUGACAAACUGGAGUCCUGCAGACUGGGAAUGGAAGAGUACCUGUAUGGCUGUGAUUCAUCAGGAAAACUGUUUAUAUGUUUUUCUUCCAGGUGGCAUGCAGCAGUGUGAAAAAUGUUAUCUAUUGGGGGAUAACAUUUGCCACUUCAUUGUUGAGAAUUUUUGCAUCUACGUUCAUGAGGGAUAUUUGUCUCUCUAUAUUUUUUCAUGUUAUCCCCUUGUCAGGUUUAGUUUCAGGAUUAUACUGGUCUCAUAAAAUGAGUUGAUGAUUGUUUAUUCCACCUCUCUUUUAUGAAAGAGGUUGUGUAAGAUAUUUAUUAUUUCUUCUUUAUAUAUUUGAUAGAAUUUACCAGAAGCCAUGUGUGGCUACCGUUCUCUUUGUGGGGAAAUUUUGAAUUGCAAAUUGAACUUCUUAAAUAGAUAUGCUGCAAUUCCAGUUUUCUAUUUCCUCUUGUGUCAGUUGGUAACUUGUGUUUUUUAAACAAUUUGUCUAUAUUACCCAAGAUGUUAAUACACUGGCAUGAAGUUAUUGAUAAUAUUCCUUUAUUAUCUUUUCAAUAUAUUUAGGAUCUGUAGUGGU